AUGCGUUUUCUAGUCCUUCUUGCUGGAGCACUUUUUCUCUUGACCCUAUCGACCGAAAGGGGCGAUGCCUUUGUAAAGUUUCCCCCGAAGAAUACCAAGGAUUUUAAAGGACCGGGGGGUCUUACGAAAGAUAUACGAAAAGAAGGAUCUGGGGUGCCCCCGAGCGUAGACGAUAACGAAGGCAACGCGGACCAGGAAGACGAAGGAGCCAGUAAUGGAGAAGAGCCUCAGGAAGAAGAGCAUGAGGAGGGAGAAGGCGAGGAGGCUCAAGAGGAAGAACCUGAAGAGGGUGAAGACGAAGAAAAUAAUGAAUCAGAGAGCGAAGAGCGGGAGGAGGAUGAGAAACCAAAAGUAGGAGAACAGGAAGAAGAACAAGAAGAAGAAGAAGAGGAGGAGGACGAGCAAGAAAAGGGAGAGUCCGAAGGGGAAGAGGGUGAAGAAUCUGGAGACGAAGGAGAAAGUAAAGAAAAUCCUAAGUCCAAUGAAGAGGAAGAAGGUGAAGAGUCUGAAGAAGAUGAAGAAGUUCAAAAGCCUGUCGAAGCGCAAGCCCAGAAUGAGGUGGAGGAAGGUGAGGAGAAAGAGGAAGAAGGGUCUGGAGAGGCAGAAGAUGGAAGUGGUGACGAGGAAGAUAAUAAUCAGGAAGAAGAGGAGGACGAAGGAAAGGGGGAUGAGGAGGGAGAGGAGGAAGAAAAAGAUGAGGAGGAGGGGCAUGAGAAUCACGAGGAAGAAGAUGCUGGAGAAGGGGAAGAGGAGCCUGUGGAGGAGGAGGAAGAGGAGAGGAAUGACCACGAGGUCGCGGAGGGCGAGUCUGAUGAGAAAGAGGAAGAAGCUGAACAUGGAGUUGUAGAGUCUCAUGAGGAGGAAGCAAAUGAGGAGUCUGAAAAAAAGGUAGAAGGGGAGGCGUCGGGGGAGGAGCCUGAAGGAGCAGGAGAAGGUGAGGGGUCCGAGGACGAAGAAGAGGAAGAUGAUGACGAUGAUAAUGAUGAUGAUAAUGAGGAAGAGGAAAAUAUAGAAGAGGAGGGAGAGCAAGAGAGGGAGCCUAAAGAAGAGGAGACCGAAGAAGAAGAAGAAGAAGAACAAGAAGAAGAAGAUGGGGAAGAGGAAGAUGAAGGAGAAGAGGAGAAAGAGGAGAAAAAAGGGCAGGAAGAGCAUGAGGGAGAGCACGAGGAGAAGCCUGAAGAAGAGAAUGAGGGCGAAGAGCAUAAAGGAGAGGGAGAAGAAGAAGAAGAAGAAGAAGAAGAAGAAGAAGGGGAAGAGGUAGCGGAAGGAGAAGGAGAGAAAGAGGAGAAAGAAGAGCCGGAAGAGCAUGAGGGAGAGCACGAGGAGAAGUCUGAAGAAGAGCAUAAAGGAGAGGAAGAAGAAGAAGAGGAAGAAGGAGGAGAAGGAGAAGAGGAAGGGGAAGAGGUAGAGGAAGAAGAAGGAGAGGAAGAGGAGAAAGAAGGGCAGGAAGAGCAUGAGGAAGAGCACGAGGAGGAGAAGCCUGAAGAAGCGAAUGAGGGCGAAGAGCAUAAAGGAGAGGAAGAAGAAGAAGAAGAAGAAGAAGAAGAAGAAGAAGAAAAGGAAGAAGAAGGAGGAGAAGAAGAAGAGGAAGGGGAAGAGGUAGAGGAAGGAGAAGGAGAGGAAGAGGAGAAAGAAGAGCAGGAGGAGCAUGAGGAAGAGCACGAGGAGAAGCCUGAAGAAGAAAAUGAGGGCAAAGAAUCUGAAGAAGAGGAAGAGGAAGAUGAAGAGGAGGAAAAUAAAGAAGAGAAGGAGGAGCAUGAGAAUGAGCCUGGGGAAGAAGGACAUGACGAAGAGGAAGAAGACGAAGAGCCCGAGGGAGAAGAAGAAGAAGAAGAAGAAGAAGAAGAAGAAGAAAGGGAGGAGAAGGAGGAAGGAGAAGGGGAGGAAGAAGAGCAGGAAGGGCAUGAGACAGAGCACGAGGAUAAGCCUGAAAAUGAGGAUGAGGGCGAAGGGCCUGAAGGAGAGAAAGAAGAAGAGAAGCCUGAAGAAGAAAAUGAGGGCGAAGAAUCUGAAGAAGAGGGAGAGGAAGAAGGAGAGGAGGAAAAUAAAGAAGGGGAGGAGGAGCAUGAGAAUGAGCCUGAGGAAGAGGGAAAUGAAGAAGAGAGAGAAGACGAAGAGCCUGAGGAAGAAGAAGAAGAGGAAGGAAAUAAGGAGGAAGGAGAAGGAGAGGAAGAAGAGGAGGUGGAGGAAGGGCAAGAAGGGCAUAAGGGAGAACCUGAGGAAGGGAAGCCUGAAAAAGAUAAUGAAAGCGAAAAGUCUGAUGAAGAGGAAGGAGAAGCCAAUGAGGAAGAAGAGAAUGCAUAA